AUGUCUGACACUAACGAAAACAAUGCCAGCGAGACCCCAGAUGUCAAGCCUGAUCUACAAGGCCAAGGCGAUGCGCCAAAGUCUGAGACACACAUUAACUUGAAGGUGUCUGAUGGUUCUUCUGAGAUCUUCUUCAAGAUUAAGAAAACCACUCCAUUGAGGAGGUUAAUGGAGGCCUUUGCCAAGAGACAAGGUAAGGAGAUGGAUUCUCUAAGAUUUCUAUAUGACGGUCUAAGAAUUCAAGCUGAUCAAACUCCAGAGGAUCUAGAUAUGGAAGAUAACGACUUGAUUGAAGCACACAGAGAACAAAUCGGUGGUGCGUACUAG